AUGGAAAUUAACAGGGGAUUGCAAGAUAAUACCAUUAGGAAGAGGUUUUUCACAAUAAAGUUAGACAAUGAAAUUGAUCGUCAAUACAUUAAGGAAGGAAAAUGGGAGAGUCUGAAUCAAGUAUUACAAGUACGAAAGUGGAUCUCUAAUUUUCGCCCUGAAAGUCAAAGAACUUCAAAAGAUAUGGUAUGGGUUAGAUUACCUGGUUUAGGACUUGAAUUUUGGAGUGAGAAGAUAUUGUUUAAGAUUUGCAAGGAAAUUGGUACACCAAUCAAACUAGAUGAAGCUACUGCAAGAUGUGAGGUUGGGUAUUAUGCAAAUGUCUUAGUUGAAAUUGAUUUUGCAAAAACUGUUCCAAAUAAGGUCUGGAUUGGUACUAAAUACGGAGGUUUUCUUCAAAGCAUAUCAAUUCCAGUAUGUCCUAAAUUUUGUCACACUUGCAAGAUUGUAAGUCAUAACAUUGUCGAAUGUAGAGUUGAUAAGAACAAAAAACAGCAAGCAAGUAAUAUUCAGAAUAAUAUGUCUUCUGCAACAACUAAUAUUAAACAACAAACUCCUAAGGCAGGUAAACCUCAUAUUCCUUUUGAUAUUUGUGAUAGGUCUGAGGUUGUGAAGAGUGGUUCUAAUACAGAAAGAAGACAGAGUAGUAUACCUAGUGUUACAAAUACUCAAGUGCUUGAAGAAGAUGUUGUUAUUUCUAAUAUUGUUACACCUAUCAAUAUUGUUAGUAACUCCAUACCAGAUAUUAUUAACAGUGGAAGAUUUAAUAUUAUUAAUCAAGAUGAAAUUGAACAAGAAGAUGACAUAAGUGUGAAUGAGGAAAUUAUUGCAGAACAGGAAUCUCCAAAACAAUCUUUAAGUACUGCAAUCCCUGAAGUGGAGAGUGUAGUUAAAUUUGUUGAUGUUGUUUCAGGUAAAGUUUCUAAAAAAUAUAAGAGUCAAAAUAAGAAUAUGGGGGAUAAUAUAGAAGAUCAAUUAGGUAUUCUUGAUGUUCCAAAAUUACUCAAGUUAGCUGAGGAAAAUAGCUUGCAAAAUAGUACUGUUACAUUUGUUCAUGGUUCUAAUGGUAAAGUAACUAAUGAAGUUGUUCAAGUUACAUCUUGGGCAAAUAUGGUUGAAAAAGAAACGGUGACAGGAAAUUCUUCUUCAUCACCAAGUAAAAUAAAGGGAGUUAAAACUGCUCCAGUCAACAACAAAUACAACUUCAGGAAAAAUCAGAACAAAGGGGGUACUAAGAACCCCCUAAACAAACAAUGA